UUUUAUUGUGAUCAAUAUUUUCGAUUUCACUUUUAAAGUUAAAAGUUUAUUAUUUUAAAGAUGGCCAAGAAGACAGGUGAAAACUCCAAAAAGGCUGCUGGUAACGCCAAAAAGGCUGAGAAUGCCAACAAGAAGAAGCAAGCCGCUGAUGCUGUAAAGGAAGCUGCCGAAGCAGAAGAAUGGGAAGCCGGAGCUAAGAAGGGUAACAAGAAGAAGGAAGACGAAAAGUUCAAGAAGGAAGAAGCUGCUAGAAAGAAGGCUGAACGUGAUGCCUUGCUUCAAGCUGAAGAAGCUUCACUCCCACUGAAACCACAAUCUGCAAAGCAAAGAGGUGCUGCGAAGGUUGCUUCCCGUAGAACUGGUAAGAUUGAUGACUUCUUGGACUUCAAUAAAGAUAUUCCUGAAUUGAGUGCCAGUGGUCUUGACAGUGCUCUUGAAGCCUUGGCUUUGACCAGCAGAGAUGGUGGUGUUCUGACCAAGGACAUCGAUAGACAUCCAGAAAGAAGAGUCAAGGCUGCUUUCCUGGCCUUUGAAGAAAAGAGAAUUCCUGAACUUAGAAAAGAACAUCCAGGUCUUAGAUUGCAACAAAUCAAGAACUUAGUUUUCAAGGAGUUCCAAAAAUCUCCAGAGAACCCAAUGAACCAAGACACAAAUGUUCUGUACAAUGCCACUUCUUCUGAUGUUCAAGACAAGAAGAGGGAAGUUAAGGCUACUCGUGAACUGAAGUAUGCUUAAAUUGAACGUUUUAUGCAUCUCAAGGAUCAAUAUAGGAGAAAGGAAGAGUCUGUUGCUACAUGAUAACCAUGAACGGUAU